AUGUGUACGGGAAAAUGUUCGCGAUUCAUUGGCUUGGCGCUAUUGCCCAUGGCGUUCAUAUGCAUCAUCGCCAAUGUGUUACUGAUAUUUCCUAAUGGGGAGACCAAAUGGACCGACCAUAUCACUAUGCAGGUCUGGCUGAUGGCGGGUGUAGGAGGCGCCGGAUUAUUUAUGUUGUGUCCAUCUUGCAAUGCCAUUCGGGCAGGUGGUAAAGGUUGCUGUGGUAAGGGAUGUUGCGGAAAUCGAUGCCGGAUGUUGCGAUCGAUGAUAUCUUCAAUCUUUGGAGGUCUGGGGAGCUUCUACUGCCUGGCGGUCUCUGGGACAGCUCUGAACGAUGGACCAUUGUGUAACUUCAACAAUCAGACCGGCAAAGCGUCAGAUUGGGUUAGAUAUAAUUAUCUUUUUAACCAAUCCUCAUGGGAUCUCUGCAUCCAGCCCCCGAACAUUGUCCUGUGGCACAUCGUCCUCUUCUCUAUGCUCCUGGGGUUGGGAGCCAUCGAAUUUGUCCUCUGUGCCAUUCAGAUUGUCAAUGGCCUCAUGGGGAUCAUGUGUGGGGACUGCCGGAAGAAAGGAAAUGUAAGUAAAUUGAGCCGGGCUCAGUUCUGA